GCAGUCUCUCGCCACGGGACCUCCUUCCCGCCGCUGAGCCUAGGAAGCAGGACGCCAAAUCUGUCCCUGCGCAGCCGCCACCGCCGGGCGCCGAGCCGGGUGGCCGCCCUGCUUGAGGCGCGCCUGCGCACGUCCCCACGCACGCUCCGGCGUACGGCGGCGGCCAGGGGUCGCGAGCCGGUUGAGGACCCGCGCGCGGAGGAGCCGGGGAGUCAGCGCUGCUUCCCUCCCUCCCCCUCUCCCCUCCCCGCUCCCUGCCCCCCUCCCCAAGAAUGUUCCGCUACGAGUCUUUGGAGGAUUGUCCUCUGGAUGAAGAUGAAGAUGCAUUUCAGGGACUGGGAGAAGAAGAUGAAGAGAUUGAUCAAUUCAAUGAUGAUACAUUUGGGUCAGGUGCAGUUGAUGAUGAUUGGCAGGAAGCACAUGAGCGCCUGGCUGAAUUGGAAGAAAAGCUACCAGUGGCAGUUAAUGAACAAACAGGCAAUGGAGAGAGAGAUGAAAUGGACUUGUUGGGUGACCAUGAGGAGAAUCUGGCAGAAAGGCUCAGUAAGAUGGUGAUUGAAAAUGAACUAGAAGAUCCAGCUAUCAUGAGGGCAGUGCAGACCAGGCCAGUUUUACAACCCCAGCCAGGAAGCCUGAAUUCCAGUAUCUGGGAUGGAUCUGAAGUUCUGAGGCGAAUCCGAGGACCACUGCUUGCUCAGGAAAUGCCUACAGUGUCUGUAUUAGAAUAUGCCUUGCCUCAGAGGCCCCCCCAGGGUCCAGAAGAUGAUCGGGACCUUUCUGAACGUGCAUUACCAAGGCGGUCAACUUCACCUAUCAUUGGCAGUCCUCCUGUUAGAGCUGUCCCCAUAGGCACCCCACCUAAACAGAUGGCUGUACCCAGCUUCACCCAACAGAUUCUGUGUCCGAAGCCUGUCCAUGUUCGGCCCCCAAUGCCACCUCGUUAUCCUGCUCCCUAUGGUGAGAGGAUGUCUCCAAACCAGCUCUGCAGUGUCCCGAACUCUUCCCUCCUGGGUCACCCUUUUCCUCCUAGUGUUCCUCCUGUUCUCAGCCCCCUCCAGAGAGCACAGCUUCUUGGAGGAGCACAGCUACAGCCUGGACGGAUGUCUCCCAGCCAGUUUGCACGGGUGCCUGGAUUUGUUGGUAGUCCACUUGCUGCCAUGAAUCCCAAGUUGCUACAAGGGCGAGUUGGGCAGAUGCUUCCCCCAGCACCAGGCUUCCGUGCCUUCUUUAGUGCUCCACCCUCUGCUACACCACCUCCACAGCAGCACCCUCCUGGCCCAGGACCCCACCUGCAAAACCUAAGAUCUCAGGCCCCAAUGUUUAGACCAGACACAACUCACCUUCAUCCACAGCACCGUCGACUCUUGUAUCAGAGACAGCAACAGAAUAGAAAUCAGCAUCGGAAUCUCAAUGGUGCAGGAGAUAGAGGAAGUCACCGGAGCAGUCAUCAAGAUCAUCUCCGAAAGGAUCCAUAUGCCAAUCUCAUGUUGCAGCGGGAAAAGGAUUGGGUCUCCAAAAUCCAGAUGAUGCAACUGCAAAGCACUGAUCCCUACCUGGAUGAUUUUUAUUACCAGAAUUACUUUGAAAAACUGGAGAAACUGUCAGCUGCUGAAGAAAUACAAGGUGAUGGCCCUAAGAAGGAGCGCACCAAGCUUAUCACCCCUCAGGUGGCCAAACUGGAGCACGCCUAUAAGCCAGUGCAAUUUGAGGGCUCUUUGGGAAAGCUGACCGUUUCUAGUGUGAAUAAUCCCCGAAAAAUGAUUGAUGCUGUUGUGACAUCUCGGAGUGAGGAUGAUGAGACAAAAGAAAAACAAGUUCGAGACAAGAGGAGAAAAACCCUUGUCAUAAUUGAGAAAACCUACAGCUUACUCCUUGAUGUGGAGGACUAUGAAAGACGUUAUCUCCUAAGUCUAGAAGAAGAGCGACCUGCCCUAAUGGAUGAGAGAAAGCACAAAAUUUGUAGCAUGUAUGACAACUUGAGGGGGAAAUUGCCCGGACAAGAGAGGCCUAGUGAUGACCACUUUGUACAGAUCAUGUGUAUCCGAAAAGGGAAGAGAAUGGUUGCCCGUAUUCUUCCUUUCCUCUCCACAGAGCAAGCAGCUGACAUUCUCAUGACAACAGCCAGGAACCUCCCUUUCCUUAUCAAGAAGGAUGCACAAGAUGAGGUGCUGCCAUGCUUACUGAGUCCCUUCUCUCUCCUCCUCUAUCAUCUUCCAUCAGUGACUAUCACCAGCCUUUUGCAACAGCUAAUGAACCUACCUCAAAGUGCAGCUACACCAGCACCCUCCAAUCCUCACCUCACUGCUGUGCUCCAGAACAAGUUUGGCCUGUCACUGCUCCUUAUCCUCCUGAGCCGUGGUGAAGACCUACAGAGUUCAGACCCUGCUACAGAAUCAACGCAAAAUAAUCAGUGGACGGAGGUGAUGUUCAUGGCAACACGAGAACUUCUACGAAUUCCCCAAGCAGCCCUGGCCAAGCCAAUCUCUAUACCUACAAACCUAGUGUCCCUCUUUUCUCGCUAUGUUGACCAGCAGAAACUGAACUUGCUGGAGACAAAACUGCAGCUAGUUCAGGGGAUACGAUAAAAGAUCUCCAAAUGUGUCCUGUACCUCCUUUUGGCUGCCACCUGCACUGCUGCCAUCACCAAUGGAGUGUUUUUAAUGAGGGAGGGAAGGUAGCUUUUUCCCCAAAGCAAAGUCUUGUGGGAUCGAUUCCUGUUUACAGGGGUUGUCUCUCUAAAUGUCAGAUAUUUCCCCACUGCUCUAUGAAAUUUGGCUGGGUGAUACUUCUGCUGGUUUCUCCUUUACCUUCUGUGUUACAGUUCUGCAUGUCCUACUUUUACUCAGUUCUCAAUUUUGCAUUUUCUUUGCCCUAGAGACACAAGUGUAAUCUCUCCCUUUAUCCCAUUACUACUCCAGCUCAGAGUAGAUUGUAGCCUGCCAAAGGAUUCCUUCCCUCAUCCUACUGAAGUUGUUUUUUCAUUGCCCCAUAUUAAUAUGACUAUAGAAGAGCCAAUUAAGUAGAAAUCAAGAUAUACACACACACGUAGAUACACACACACACACACACACACACCCCAUACAUGUAUUUAUGUGGUCUUCAGAGGGUCCUUAAAGAAUGAAUUUUAGAUUGAAAAAUAUUUAGUUGUCUCAUUACUUCCUCUAAACACAAACCAGCUGAUGUAUUUUAAUCUGUUUCUGUUCUAUGUUGUAAUUAAUUUGGUGGGUUCUACUUGUUUUAACAUAAAUAAAGAGUAUGCAGCACGUUUAAUAAAAUCAGAACUCUUAAUUGGCUUAUGCCCAAAUCUAGGCUGAGAAGUCCUUUUUCUUCUUCCCACCUUUAUUUCCUUAGUUUCUGUCCACCUUAGUGGAAACAGCAAAUGGUUAUGUCUUUUUCCUGCUACAACUACAGUGUACUUGAGCCUUUCCCUCAAGUGCAUUUGAAGUCACCCAGGAUGAUCCUCACUAGUAGCCUGCUUUGGCAGUGUGGCUUUUUGCACACUUGCCCUGUCUUCCUGAGACUACUUCAGUAAGCCAUGCUUCCUUCUUCCCUACUUUUAUUUGGUGUCAUGAAUAGAAACUUCCAGCUGUAACCAUGGAAGCUCAGUUUGGCCUGCUUUACUUUUUAGUCUCCACACCUUGGGCAGAACUGCUGUCCUUACUACUUCAUCUCACCCAAGUCCCGCUCCCAGGCAGCCAGGGGCCUGGGUUUGAAUAAUCGCAGGGCCAGCCUGCCAUGAUCUUUCUCACUUACUCCUCUCCCAUUCAGCAAUCAACCAGUUUUGAUCCCUAGUGAUUACAGCCCUGAAGAAAAUUAAAUCUGAAUUAAUUUUACAUGGCCUUCCUGAUCUUUCUGCUGUUCUUACCUUUUCGAAUGUAGUUGGGGGGUGGGGGGGCAGGUUAUGAUAUUUAAAGAGAAUAAACAUUUUGCACAUACAUGUAUUGUACAACAGUAAGAUCCUCUGUUAAAACCAGCUGUCCUUGUUCUCCAUCUCCAUUUCUUCCCAUGCUGUAACCCCAGGCUCCACCAGCUGUUCCCCAGUGACGUUACCUAGCUUCCCUCUACCGUUAUCUACUGACCAUUUCCACUACACGCCUUUCCUACCUUCCCUUCACAACCAAUCAAGUGAAUACUUGAUUAUUAUCUCUUCCUUACUGUGCUUUAUCUUUUUUGUUUUGUUCUAAUUAAUGAAAAUAAAAGUUUCUAAAUUUACAUUUUUAUAGGGUAUUGUAAAUAAAAACAAAUUGUAUACUUAAAAA